AUGGAAGAUACUGUUGAUGAUGACGAUGAAAAACCCAUAGAAAUCGAUGAAGCUCUCUAUUCUCGACAGAUAUACGUCAUCGGUAAAGAAGCUAUGUAUCAAAUGUCUCGUUCGCAUGUACUCAUUUCGGGCAUGCGUGGUCUAGGUGUCGAAAUAGCGAAAAAUAUCAUUCUAGCUGGUGUUAAAUCGGUCACAGUUCAAGACUCGAACACAGUAGAUUAUGCUGAUCUGUCAUCACAGUACUAUUUCAAUGAAUCGGAUAUUGGUAAGAAUCGAGCUGAAGUCGUACAUCAUAAAUUAGCCGAAUUGAAUAAUUAUGUUCAUGUCAAAUUUUCAUCAAAGCGUAUCAACGAUCAUUUAACCGAAGAUAAAAAAUUCAAUAUCAUUGUUUUGACUAAUAGUUCACUCGAUGAACAAAUAUUCAUCAGUGAAUAUUGUCGUAAAUGUCAAAUUAAGUUUUUGAAUGCUAGUACAAAAGGUCUCUUCGGACAAAUCUUUUGUGAUUUAGGUGAAAAUUUUCAAGUUAUUGACACAAAUGGUGAAAAUCCACUCGUUCGAGUUGUAACAGGAAUCACUCAUGACGAAGAUGGUAUUGUAUUUAUGCCAACAGAUGUGCGACAUGGAUUUGAAGAUGGAUCAUAUGUCACUUUUACUGGUGUUCAAGGCAUGACUGAAGUCAAUAAUCGAGAAUUUAAGAUCAACACACCGAGUCCAUUUACAAUCACAAUCGGUAAUACAAGCCAAUUUGGUAUUUAUGAAGGUGGCGGAACAGUGACCGAAGUGAAAAAACCUGAAACAAUACAUUUUGCGAUUACUGGAAAAUUUAUGCCAAUAAGACAAUUUUUAUAUUUCGAUGCUAUCGAAUGUUUACCUGAAGGUAUUUACGAAAUGCCGAAAGGUGAUGACAUUAUGAUAUCAUCCAAAUAUUCACCAAUAUUACCGACUAGAAAAUCUCGUUAUUACUCACAAGAACUCGUGUUCGGCACAGAUUUUCAACAUCGACUUGGUCAAGCCAAAUAUUUUAUUGUUGGCUCGGGUGCAAUCGGUUGUGAAAUGUUGAAAAAUUUUGCUAUGAUGGGUAUCGGAUGUGAAAAAAAUGGUACCGUCUUUCUAACCGAUAUGGAUUCGAUUGAAAAAUCAAAUUUAAAUCGACAAUUUCUGUUUCGUUCAUCAGAUAUUAGCCAAAUGAAAUCGAAAGUAGCAGCAGAGGCUGUCCGAAAAAUGAAUCCGAAUAUCAAUAUCGAUGCUUAUAUAGAUCCUGUUGGACCCGAAACUGAACAUCUCUAUUCGGAUGACUUUUUCGAGCAACUCAAUGGUGUGGUCAAUGCACUUGACAAUGUCAAAGCACGACAAUACAUUGAUCGUCGUUGUUUGUACUAUCAGAAGCCAUUAAUUGAUAGUGGUACGAUGGGUACGAAGGCAAGUGUUCAAGUCGUUGUACCUUUUCUCACUGAACCAUAUUCGGCAACACAUGAUCCAGCCGAUGCAUCGAUACCCAUGUGUACGUUGCGUAAUUUUCCGAAUUUAAUCGAACAUACCAUUGAAUGGGCACGUGACAAUUUUGAGGGUCUAUUCACCAUUCCUGCACAACAGGUCGAAGAAUUCAUACGUGAUUCGAACCAAUUUGCGAAACGUAUUUCACAAUGUAAUACAUCGGCAGACAAGAAUGAAAUGAUUGAAAAUGUCAAGCAGAUACUCGCCUCUGAAAGACCUAAAACUUUUUUCGAUUGCAUUGUUUGGGCCCGAAAUAUUUUUCAAAAACAAUUUUAUAACAAUAUUGCUCAACUGCUCUACAAUUUUCCACUGGAUCAUGUAACGAAGACAGGUGAACGUUUUUGGAGUGGCAACAAACGAUGUCCACAUCCGAUUGAAUUCGAUGUAUCAGAUAAGACUCACCUGGAUUUUAUUGUUGCUGCAUCGAAUCUUAUCGCAUAUAUCUAUGGUAUUCCUCAAGUACUCGAUCAUAGUAAAAUUGCGAGUGAAGUUGUUAAAGUUAAAGUACCCAACUUUGAACCAAAGACGGGUGUAAAAAUCCAUGAAAAUGAUGAAGAAAUACGGGCCGAGAUGGAAGAACAAAGCCGCCAAUCGGUUACGACAUCGAAUAAUGGCGAAGAAGAAAUUAAAGAGAUUCUUGCUCAACUUCCAAAAGCUGAUAAGAUCCGUGAUAUUCAAAUUCAUCCACACGAAUUUGAAAAAGAUAACGAUACAAAUUUUCAUAUUGACUAUAUUGUGGCGACGGCGAAUUUGCGCGCCGAAAAUUAUGAUAUUGAAACAGCUGAUCGAAGCAAAAUUAAACGUAUUGCUGGUCAUAUUAUACCGGCCAUUGCCACUACUACGGCGAUGGUUACUGGUCUUGUUUGUCUCGAAGUUUACAAACUUUUUCAAGGUCAAAAGAAUAUCGAAUCCUAUCGAAAUUCAUUCGCCAAUCUGGCAUUAUCUUUCUUCAGUUUCUCAGAACCUGUGCCACCCACUCGAAAAAAGGUAAAAAUCAAUCUUAUGUACAAGUUUGAAUAA